AUGGACAAUUGCGAAGUAUUUGAGCGGAAGCUGCAGGACCUUGAUUUUUGGCAGCGGGCGGUUGCAUACUUACAGAUGCAGGGCGGGAAAAUGCCCCGUGUGUUUGUCAACCAAAUGACCAACCUCCUCUUCGACAAACGCCUGCUGGCCAAAUUUAAUAUGAGCGGGACGUAUAACAAGAAGAACUUUUGUGAAACUAAGGCAUAUGAGUUGCUCCAAGACUUAUAUCUGCCGUGGAGUAAAAAGCAGAAAACUACCAUCAAGGAGUUCCGAGCUGCGAUUCACUGCGUUUUCAAAGCAGCCGGCAGAAAGACGCGAAAGGAUAUCAAUAAACGGGAUUCCACACUAUCUUCGUGUACAAACGAAAACCCAUAG